AUGAAGGAAGAAAUCAGUAAAAAUGUUUUGUUGUCUAAAGUUGUGGUUAUUUACAUAAAGCAAUUUAAUUUUUUAAAACUCUCCCGUCGCACGACACAACUUAUCUGGCGCAGUCGGUGUAGGAUCGUGUCCAUAAAAGACGGUGUUCGAAUCGGUACAAUUCCGCGACGUGACAUCCGCGACGCGAUUCAAAAGACCGUAUCGAGCUCAAGAACGGCACAGUGCAGUGGAACAGCAGAAUUCAUCGCCCAUCCAGAGAAUCUGUAUGCUCAUGAGUUUUACUGGAGGAAAAGAAAUUAUUUAUUACUAGGUACAAAAAUGCCUGAGACUUCUGUUACCGUCGGUACAAAUGAAAAAUGGCGUAUCAACCGCAACAUCCUGGUUUUGGGAUUCGCUUUCAUGAUUCAUUUUACGGCCUUUCACGGUACCGCUAAUCUGCAGAGUUCAGUGAAUAGUGAUGCCGGCGCAGGUACUUUCACGCUAGCAGCUAUCUACUUCUCACUUAUAUUGAGCAAUAUACUUCUGCCUGCUGUAGUUAUCAAAUGGCUUGGCUGCAAGUGGGCGGUAUCAGUAUCCUUCAUAGCGUAUAUGCCAUUCAUAGUUGCGCAGUUCUACCCUGCGCUCUAUGUUUUGGUACCGGCUGGCAUGAUGGUCGGCUUUGGUGGAGGCCCAUUAUGGUGCGCUAAGUGCACAUAUUUAUCUGUGGUAGCGGAGCCUUACGCGAAGCUAUCAGGGGUAUCGGCGGAAGUACUAGUGGUUAGGUUCUUUGGCUUGUUCUUCAUGUUCUAUCAGAUGGCGCAGAUCUGGGGAAAUCUUAUAUCAUCAGCAAUUUUAUCAUCGUCAAUCGGUGAUGAGCCACGACUUACUAACGAGACCUCAUCGAGUGUUGCUGCGGUAUUCACCAAUAAUACAAGUCCACAUCCAACCAUAGAUUUUGGAGCCACAUGUGGUAUUAACUUCUGCAAUGGAAAUAACCUACAUGAGAAUGCAAAUCUUGAGCCCCCAUCAGAUCUAAAGAUCAAAGUUAUAGCUGGCACAUUCCUAGCGUGUAUGGCAGCUGCGGUCAUUCUCGUUGCGUUCGGCGUUGACUCUCUCACCAGAUACACGGCAGGUCGUAAAACAAAAUGCCAGGGAAAGUCAGGAGUCCGCCUACUGGCGGUGACACUAAAGCAACUGAGACACAAGUAUCAGCUGUUACUGCUGCCCGUUAUUGGAUACAUCGGAGCUGAGCAAGCUUUUAUGGCUGCUGAUUUCACUCAAGCGUUCAUUGGUUGCGCGUACGGUAUCAGCAACAUCGGCUUUGUGAUGAUCUGCUUUGGUGUGUUCAAUGCACUUGCGGCGCCGGUCGCUGGUACUCUCGUCAAGGUCACAGGAAGGUUUCCAGUUAUGGUCACCGCGCUGUUGCUGAACUUAUGUCUUCUGAUAGCUUUACUGUCCUGGCGUCCCGAUCCUAACCAAUGGCUGGUGUUCUAUGCUCUCGCAGCAAUUUGGGGAACUGCGGAUGCCGUAUGGCUUGUGCAAGUAAAUGCACUAUCAGGGAUCCUGUUUCCCGGUAACGAAGAAGCUGCGUACUCAAAUUUCCGGCUGUGGGAGGCGACCGGGAGUGUGCUCUCUUACGCCACAGCGCCUUACUUAUGCGUCAGGACUAGAGUUUAUAUUCUCCUGGGAUUCUUACUGCUUGGAUUCAUUGGGUACACCACGAUUGAGGUAAUGGAGUACAAGGUGAAGAAAGCUCAUCACCUCGAGAGAAACUUCGCACUAGUCCAGGAGAAAGAAGACCACGAGCGGGAACCUUUGCAUUAA